CUGCCCGUCUAGAAAAGGCACACGUCGGAAAGGUUUGGUGCCCAGACAAAGAGAGGACCGCUGGGAACACCAAGUACCAGGAACGACCGCACCGACCUCCCAGCGCAGUCUGCUAUGGCUUUUUGCUUCUAGGGGCUCCCGCCUCCCACCCCCAGUCAUCCAAACCCAAGCAGCACCCGCCGUUUCCCCAUGAUUGACAGUUAGUUCAGCGACUCCCAGGAGCCCGCUAACAGUAACCAGCCCCACUGGAGCAAAUGAAAGCCAAGAGGCGGGGCCUACGGGGUGGAAGCGUGGUGGUCAGGUGCUCCGUGCAGACAUUGCUUGCUGCUGAGUGGCUGGGGGUUCGAGGGUGCCCCUCGCUUCUGCCACCUGCCGGUUCUUGCCCAGGGACUGCCGAAGGGAACCCCCUCUAGAUCCUCCCUUCCAUUGUCCGAAACCGGUGGGCACUGACCGGAUCGCUGCGAAGAUUAUCUUAUGCUGAGCUGAUCAACUACUUUGAAAAUGACUUCAAAAUUCAUCUGGGUGGCCUUCAUACUUGCUACAUUAACACUUUCAAUUACAUUUUCUCUCCAACCAGACGAGCAAAAGGUUCUGCUAGUUUCAUUUGAUGGAUUCCGUUGGGAUUACUUAUAUAGAGUUCCAACACCUCAUUUUCAUUACGUUAUGAAAAAUGGUGUUCAUGUGAAGCAGGUUACUAAUAUUUUUAUUACGAAGACCUAUCCUAACCACUAUACUUUGGUAACUGGCCUCUUUGCAGAGAAUCAUGGGAUUGUUGCAAAUGACAUGUUUGAUUCUAUUCUGAACAAAUCUUUCUCCUUGGAUACCAUGAAUAUUUAUGAUUCUGAGUUUUGGGAAGAAGCAACGCCAAUAUGGAUCACAAAUCAGAGGGCCGGACACACUAGUGGUGCAGCCAUGUGGCCUGGAACAGAUGUAAAAAUACAUCAGAGCUUUCCUACUCACUACAUGCUUUACAAUGAGUCCGUUUCAUUUGAAGAUAGAGUUGCCAAAAUUAUUGAAUGGUUUACGUCAAAAGAACCCAUCAAUCUCGGUCUCCUUUAUUGGGAAGACCCUGAUGACAUGGGCCACACUUUGGGGCCUGACAGCCCACUCAUGGGCCCUGUCAUUUCAGACAUUGACAACAAGUUAGGGUAUCUCAUACAAAUGCUGAAAAAGGCAAAGCUGUGGAACACUCUGAACCUGAUCAUCACGAGUGAUCAUGGGAUGACCCAGUGUUCUGAGGAAAGGGUGAUAGAACUUGACCAGUACCUGGAUAAAGACCACUAUGUCCUGAUUGACCAGUCACCAGUAGCAGCCAUCUUGCCAAAGGAAGGAAAAUUUGAUGACGUCUAUGAGGCACUAGCUCAUGCUCAUCCUAAUAUGACUGUUUACAAAAAAGAAGAGAUUCCAGAAAGAUGGCAUUACAAAUACAACAGUCGCAUUCAGCCAAUUAUAGCAGUGGCUGACGAAGGGUGGUAUAUUUUACAGAAUAAGUCAGAUGAUUUUAUGUUGGGCAACCAUGGUUAUGAUAAUAUGUUAGCAGAAAUGCAUCCGAUAUUUUUAGCCCACGGACCUGCCUUCAGAAAGAAUUUCACAAGAGAAGCCAUGAACUCCACAGAUCUGUACCCACUGCUCUGCCACCUUCUCAACAUCCCUGCCAUGCCACACAACGGGUCACUCGGGAACGUCCAGGACCUGCUCAGUUCGGCAGCUCCGAGAGCACUUCCGUACACGCAGAGUACCACACUCCUCCACGGUAGUGUCAAACCAGGAGAAUAUGAGCAAGAAGAAUCAUAUGCAUAUUUCAUAGGGGUCUCUCUCGGUAGCGUUAUAGUUAUUGUGUUUUUUAUCAUUUUUGUUAAACAUUUAAUUCGAAGUCAGAUGCCUGCCUUACCAGAUAUGCAGGCUGAAAUAGUUCAACCAUUAUUACAAGCUUAAUGCUGCUUAGGAGUGGAAGUCACGUAAUUCUGUCAGUGUUUAAAGGUUUCAAAUUCUAGGAAACCACCUUCAGACCUUUGCACAGACCAUUAAGCAGUUAUACACAUAUGCAGGCACAGCCUCUUCCUCAUACACAUGCACAUACAGAUGGACCAAAACACACAUAUCUGCAAAGCGUUAAAAGGGUGGAAGUAUGUUUCCAUUGUCCUGUCUGGCUUACAGAGAGAUAAGAUCCUGCUUUAUUUUGACUUGGCAUAUAUAAUGUAUAUAUUUAGCAACUUUGCACUAUUUGAAGUACCUUAUAUAUUGCACUUUAAAUUACUCUCCUAGUGGGUACUUUUAUGUAAAAUGCACUUUAUUGACAAUUAUGUCUUAUGAUCUGGUUGAAAAAGACAACUUUUUAUGCCCAUGUCACAAUACUUGUUUGUCGUUCAAACUGAAUGAAAUUUCUAAUAAUUCCUGAACAAUACAGAAAUUUACUUAACUUGGGAGAGCUAGAACAAAGUGAAAACUGUUGAAAGUUAAAUGGGAUGACCUUUGUGCAUCGGAUUUUGGAGAGCAGCAGUCCUAACAACAGGCUGUGUCUGGCAUUCCUUGUCAUAUUUUUUUCCAAGGGACUGGGGUUUUCAUUUUAUUUUCUGAAAAAUACUGGCAGAUUCAGUCUAAACAGAUUCUUUCUGUCAUAAAUUUCAUUAUUGCUAUUUCCUGAUUGGUCAUUUUACUCUUAACUUUUUAACACCAUGAAUAUACAUUUCUUACCUCUGUAGUCCAACACUGGCUUGAAUUUUGGCAAUCGUGCAUCAUCUCAGCAAUGUUUUCUCUUGUUCUGCAAUUAUUUGUUCUUUUGAAAACUAAACAUUAUUAAUUCCAUUAAAAAUCAAAUUAGAUAAAAACAGUGUUUCAUUUCUGGUAACACGCAGUAACAGAGUGCAGGCAUCUUUUAGAUGUGAAUAUUUGAGGCUCCAGAAUUAGCAUAAACUCUUAGAUAAAAUGUAGGCCACUGAGUCCUUGAUGAGGUGUGUGGAGCCUGGGGGAAAAAUGAGGCAGGACCAUCACUGUCCACAGUGCAGUGCUAAAGCUGCCUGAUGGCAAAAACUAGCAAAAUAACGCUUAGAAGUAACGGGCGUUGAAACAAGAGGCGGCUGGAUUCUAGCCUUGUUUCAUGAAACAUUUGAGUGUUUGCCCAUGGUUUCUCAGAGGAAAGAGGAAUCCCUGUGAAGAACAACUUUUCUUGAAGAACAUAGAAACCAAUAGAAACACAUGGCCCAUAGAAGACACUGUAAUUUUAUGUAUAAAUACUCACCAACUGGACAGUUAGGAAAAAUGGGAAAUGUAUUUCAGAAAGAAAGGAUAAAUUAGAUGUAAAGAAUGAAUGUGGCAUUGUUAAAAAUACAAUUGAAUUUAAGUGAUCCUAAAAUGAGGUGGGUGAAUUAUUUUUAAAAGGAUGCCAAUAUAAAAAAUGUUAGCACCUAACUCUCAUUUUAUUAUACAACCUCUUAAUAGGAUAGAAUGGAAUCACUGGAAGUGUACUACGGAUUAAAAGACUAAGAAGUUAGAUGGCAGGUAGCAAACUCAAGAAGUCUGAACUCUGGAUUAGACAUUGUAGAAAUGGGACUAGUCACUUUGGCUUGCUUUGUAGCUGUGAACUUACCUGCAUUGUUGAGAUGCCAAUAUAAUGACUGAAAGGAAAUUGGUCUAUUCAUUACUAUUUAAGUGCUAUCUGUACAUUUAAUCAAAUUGUUUCAUUAAAUUCUUUUUAGAAGGUGCUAUUACCUUAAUAGUAAGAACAAAGUAAAUUCUGUAACUUUGAUGAAAUCAUUAAAAUUCUGAUACAAACAUUU